GACGGGAGCGGCGGGGCGGAGCGGAGCGGGGCGGCGAUGGGGACCCGACGGCUGCAGCGCUGAACGCCCCCAUCCCAUCCCCCGCCCCCCAACGCGGCAUGGCCGCCAUCAUCAAGAAGCAGAUCCUGAAGCACUUGUCCCGCUUUACCAAGAAUCUCUCACCAGACAAAAUCAACCUGAGCACCCUGAAGGGGCAGGGGCAGCUGACCAACCUGGAGCUGGAUGAGGAGGUGCUGCAGAAUGUGCUGGAGCUGCCCACCUGGCUCGCCAUCACCCGGGUCUACUGCAACAAGGCGUCCAUCAGGAUCCAGUGGACAAAACUGAAAACGCACCCAAUCUGUUUGUAUCUGGACAAAGUGGAGGUAGAGAUGCGGACGUGUGAAGAGCCUCGGCCGCCCAAUGGACAGUCUCCCAUUGCACUUGCAGCCGGCCAAAGUGAAUAUGGCUUUGCUGAGAAGGUUGUGGAGGGGAUGUUUAUUGUUGUCAAUUCCAUCACUAUCAAGAUUCACUCCAAGGCCUUUCACGCUUCUUUUGAGCUAUGGCAGCUUCAGGGCUACAGCGUCAACCCCAACUGGCAACAGAGCGACCUGCGGCUCACCCGCAUCACUGAUCCACAGAGAGGGGAGGUUUUGACAUUCAAAGAACUCACCUGGCAGACACUCCGCAUUGAAGCAGAUGCGACUGACAAUGGUGAUCAGGAUCCUGUCUCUACUCCUCUGAGACUCAUUACAAACCAGGGCAGGAUACAGAUCUCUCUCAAGAGAAGGACCAAAGAUUGCAACGUGAUGGCAUCGAAGCUGAUGUUUCUCCUUGACGACCUUCUCUGGGUGCUGACAGACUCUCAGCUGAAAGCAAUGAUGAAAUAUGCGGAGUCUCUGAGUGAAGCCAUGGAGAAAUCUGCUCAGCAGAGGAAGAGUUUGGCACCAGACUCAGUGCAGAUCACACCACCAGCUCCCAGUGCCCAGCAAUCCUGGUCUCAACCAUUUGGAGUCAGCCCAAAUGCAACCAGCAUUGGUCAGUACUUCGAUAAACAUGACAUGAAAGAGUCAUCCUACCACCUCCUCAUCUCACGCCUGGACCUGCACAUCUGUGACGACAGCCACACUCGAGAGUCAGGCUCUUUGAAGCAUGGGAUGCUGGGCGGUGCUAUACAGCUGACCUUCAGGAGGAUGGCUUUUGACUAUUAUCCUUUCCAUAGGGCAGGAGAUGCCUGCAAGCAUUGGGUGAGGUACAGCGAGGCAAUGGAGACGCGGGGACAGUGGGCAAAAAGGCUGGUCAGUGAAUUUCAGAGCAAGGUUGAGAAGCAUUAUGAAGAAAUGGACGCUGCCUUUGCCAAGACUCCACUUUCUCCCUUCAAAAAGAAAGCAGAUACGUCGUCGAGUCCUCAUAAGAGCCCAUUAGAGAAGGGCCGUGGAGCUCCCUGCAGUCUGCCCCAGCUCCGACACCCUCCCUGGCACCGGCUGCGGUCCAGCUGUGUGCUGCUGCGUGUGGAUGACUUGGAUGUUCACCAGGUUUCCACAGCUGGCCAGCACAGUAAGAAACCUUCCACCUUGCUUUCGUGUAGUAGAAAAUUCCUCAACCUGCCCGAUCAGGUCUCUGCAAUCCACAUUGAAUUCACAGAGUAUUACUUCCCAGACAAUCAAGACUUUCCAGUUCCUUGCCCAAACCUGUAUGUGCAGCUGAAUGGUCUGACACUGACCCUGGAUACAGCAAGCAUGCUCUGGAUAAACCUCUUCUGUCUGGAUCUUUAUCGCAGCCUGGAGCAGUUCAAAGCCAUCUACAAGCUGGAGGACUCAGGCAAACGUGAUGAGCACGUUGAUGUUCGACUGGACGGCUUCAGGCUGAAGCUCAGCAUCCCCGUGGAGAAGCAAGUCUGUGCCCAUCGGGACCGCCCGCAGGCGCUCUGCAUUCGCACGUCAGAGAUGGCCGCCACCAACACCCGACACGCUCCUUUCUGCAGCUGCCAGGACCUGCAGAGCCUCUUCCGUAGAUUUGCUGGCUCUGAAUUCUUCCACUCCAGCUACACCCAAUUCCCACGUUCCCAGGACAACUUUAACCUCCUCCAUACCCUUUUCCUGCGCCAUGCCUACCAGGUGGAUGAUGGACCUCAGAAGCAGACGGGUUUUCCUCAGCCGCUGCGUAAAACCUCCGCCUCUGAGGAUCUGUGGUCUGUGAAUUUCACUGAGCUUUGCCUGGACUUCGAGGGUGCUGAGAGCUCAAAGGGCAGAGCCCUGAGCUUUAUUGACCCAUUUCCCCUUUCCGUUUGGGUCUGUCUUCCCAAGAGAUGGGGCCAAGCCCGGAUAUCUAAACGACAGCCAUCAUCUGUCCCUGAUUUGAAGAUGAAGCCUUCUGCCAGCUUUAGCAAUCACUCCAAGAAUGAGAACCUACCCAGAGAACACGGGGUCUGUCAAAGAUCAAGAACUGACCAGGAUCUGAAGAGCAUCCACAAGAUCCCAGAGACGAUGGAUGCCUUGGGAGAAUCUGAGUGUGAACUUAAUGAUGGGGUAGAUGACAAAGAGCUGGAAGCCUCUGCUGAUAUCCAUGUGCUUUUGUCUUCCUCUGUCCAUGUCAAAGUUCGUCUCAACCACUACCAGUACUUGGUGCUGCUCAGGAUGAAAGAGGUUCUGCAAACACUACAGGAGCAGCUGACCCGAGAUACCCAGGAGAUGACUGGGUGUCCUUUAGAUCCCAUGUCUGCUUCAAUAGGAGUUAUGUUCCACAGUGCUGAGGUGGCCCUGCUCAUGAACCCCACGGAAGGCUCCUGCUUGGAACCCAAAUCCCUUGAUUCAGAUACAACAAGCCUGAUAGAGUCUGAGCUUUCACCUUCAGACAGCAAGGAGGGAUUGGCAGCUGAAGAGAAGGAGCAGAAAUCUGAGGCUGGUUCAGAGAAGGGAGCAUGCAGCACCACAGAGGUCCUGGAGGACAAUGAGGCUGAAAAUGCUGGCACCAGUGUAACCGGUGUGCCAAAAUCUGCCAGUGAUGGAGCUCUGAGUGCAGCUGCACCGAGUGAGAGCAUGGAGGAGAAAGGUCUGAUAGAGGAAGCACACGAAGCUGUGGAAGCCCUGGUUGCAGAAGGAGCAGAAGUGCCCAGCAGCCACCCUCAGAGCCCUCCUCCUGCCCUCCCCAUCAGCCCAACCUCAGCCAGUGCCGGCCCCCCAGGAGGGGGGAAUCCCACUCUCAAUGGCCAGGCAGAGCUCGUCCCUUUGAAGAACCUAGAGGUGGAGCUGUCUAGUGCGCUGCAUAUGACAAAGGAUGCCACCAAGGAAGCUCUGCAUGUUACAAUGGACCUCACCAAAGAAGCUAUGUCUAUAACAAAAGAUGCUCUGAGCUUGAGCCGGGAGAAGAUGACCUCUACCAUGCAGAAAAUGCUCUCUCUGCCCCCAGCCAAGGAUUCCGUGCCCAAAGCAGAAGAAGGGGCAGUGACUCCAGGGGGUGGCAGCAGCCGGAUGCGUUUCUUCUCCAUGAAGAGGACAUCAUCCCAACAUUCCUUUGACAGCACGUCUGUGGAUGGGAGUGGUCCUGAGGAUGGGCUGUCUGUGGACAGCGAUGGCAGCGAUGGCUUUGUAAUGCUCACAGACUCUGAGCCCAGCCUGGACCCUCUCCCCUCAGGGCACCUUACCCAGGUGCACAGCAAUGCAGGCAGCAGAGCAAACCUGGUGGCAGAGGAUGAGAGUGGAGCAUCUCCUGAAAUAAACAGCACAGCUUCCCAGAGCGAAGAGCCCAGCCUGCAGCUGGUGUCUGUCCUGGUACUGAAGAUGAAUGGGGUGAAUUGUGCGAUAGAGGCACGAGGUGAUGAUUUAUCUGUUGCUGUACAAGUCAUGAAUGUGGUUCCAGAGCAGCUGAACAACGUUGGGAUGUGGCAGUACCUGCGUGGCUACCUGGGAGAUGCAGACAUGGAGAAGCCUCCAGCCCCUGAAGCUGCUCAGACCCAGCCAGAAGUGUGUUUGCGUCUUGAAGCAGGACCAAAUGCUGCUCUGCAUUCCCCACUGGCUGUUCAGAACGGCUUCCUUCAAAUGCUGGUCCGCAGUUACACCGCAGAGUUCUUCAUGUCCUUCCUUACCAACCUCGGCCCCUUCCUUGAGGAUGAAGUUAUCCCAGAGGUGAUCCCUAUGGAGAUUGAAGUCGUGGAUGCCAAAAUCACGUUGAAGGAUGACAGCCCCCAGAUAUACCCCACCUCCCCCGGCCCUGUUCCCAUCACUUUGGCGAUAGAUCACGUCCUUGUGAAGCGCAGAGAUGAUGGACUUUUCUACCUAACAGCUCCACACAGGGAGGACUCACCGAAACCAGACAAACCUGUGUCGGUUCUUCAGGACCUGAAGGCAGCACAGUGUGUUUUGGCAGCACCAGCAGGAGGGAUUCAUGGACUGCAGUUAAAGGAAAUACCAGAGUUGCAAAGAGAGCUUCAGAACACGAAAAUAGCCCUUGCAGAAGCCAACAUGGACAAGGCUCGUCUUCUGCAGGAAAUUAGGAAAUACAAUCCCCUCUUUGAGCUCUGACAGCAGGCGGCAGCUGCUCAGGAGGAGUGGAGACCACCACCAGCACUACGGCGGCGAGUUUGAUUACAUUGCUGCUAAACAGGUCAACCUCCUGGAGACUGAUGGUCACAAAGAGUGGAAACCAACUGUGAUUGUGAAAUACUCUUCAUACAGGGAGAAAGGACAGAGCUUGGCUGAGCAGCACGGCGGGGAUGAGGAGUUACCUGUGUGCUGCCACUUCCCUCUGUCCUGGCAAUAUGGUGCUACCACUGAGCCAGGGCAGCGCUCAGUCUGCAAACUAAAGGUCUGAAGUUGGUGUGGGGACACCGUGGCUCUUCAUCCACAUGGUGGUAGAAGACAAGUUUGCUUUCAGCCCUUCUGCUUGGAGAUGGUUGGCAUUGGGAUUUCUGCUUUUUUUUCAGCCUUCCUCUUUGUGUUCUUGCCCAAUGCCACGUGCCAGAGGGCAAAAGGAGUGCAGUUAAAUUCACCACAUCAAGGAGUGGCAGAGAAUAGGUAGGGCAGAAAAUGUGGCUUGGAGCUGUGAUAUGAAAGCUUGUGUAUUGUCACACAGAGAACACACUGAUGCAGAAGCAAAGAGGAAUUCAUUAUUUCAUUACCAAGUGCUGUUUAAUCUGUCUUUAAUGUUACAGUCAAAGAAUAGGGGUGAUGGAAGUUGGCUGAAUCAUAGAGUGAGGCCUUUGUAUUUCCUUUGGGGUGUCCUUAAACCAUUCUGUUUCCAAGUUUCACCAGUGGAGAGAGGGAGCACCAAGGAAUAGCUGCCUGCACUCCUAUAGGGUCAUGUAUUUUAAUAGCCCUGAGCUCACACUCGGUGUUAGAUGACUUAGCAGGGAUGCUGGUGUGUGGGUCAGGAGGAGGGUGCAGGCUGGCACUGCUCACUGUGGGAUGGAGCUGCAAAUGAGCAGGGUUUGUAUUCUGUGUGUGUGUUUGUAAGUGUUACUUCAUUGUAAUUAGUUGAACUAAAGUAAUAGAAGAUUUUAAUCCUGUUUGCUAUGCAAGGAACAGCCUCUGAUCUACAAGCCACGAGUAGCUGAGGCCUGGGAGCUACGCAAAAGAAAGCAAUGAUGUAGGAGCUGAGUUUGCUCUGAUGCACUUGUCCCUUUGCCCAGCUCUGGAGCUGCUGAGCAGUUUACAGACGCUUUAACAGACACUCCUGGUAUUGUUUGAGCUCUCCUGUAGCUCUGGGGGCAAUAGGGACAUAUUUGCAGUGCGGGGUUGGGUGCAGAGGUGCUGCUGGCUGUGGUUUGUGGAGAGCUGGGAUCAUCCCUUGCUGUGUUUGUUGGCUCAGUGACUGUAAAGAGACAGAGGCUGAUGGUCUGCUGUCACUUUAGGAUCAUCAGUGUCAUUCAGUGUCUGAUUCCAUUAUGCUGAAGGUAGCCCUGACCAACAUUCAUUGGGAGUAGUGCUCGGAUGUGGGGUCCGAACAGCCUCGGGGCAGGCCAUGCUGCUGAACUGCAGCGCUUUGGUGUCUUUGCCUGCCAAGCUGUGACUGGCCGUGCCUCCAAUCAGCUGUGACAGCAGCAGGAGCCUGGCCUUCCUUCUGGAAACUGGAAGUGGGUGAGCACAGAUGAAUGGAAAGGAAAGAGAGUUUGCCUUUGGCAGAGGGCUGUGCGCCCGCCGCCCACUGCCUGGGCUGGAGCUGAUGUUUGGUGCUGUGCCUUUCACAAGGAUGUGAGGCCCUCCUGGUUCCUGUUAGACAACUUUGCUGUUGUCUCUGGAGCUCAUUCUGUGACCCAUCCCCUGCUCGGUGCACACCUCGGGUCUGUGUUGCUGUGUGUGAUGGAGGAUCGUUCUGGAGCAGCCUGUCAGGCCUGUUCUCUAGGGGAAAAUGCACUUUAACUUUCUAAGCAUCAGCAGGAAGUCCUGCACCAAUACUGCCUCGUGCAUAGAAUCUGUAAGUAAAAGCAAGGGUCAGAAAUGCAAAUUAUCUUCCAUAGUGAAAUAAAACUCUUUUCUUGAGCAGUUCUCAGAGUAAUUGAGGAAGGAGGUCACAAAGCCUCUGUGUAUCUCUGGACUUGCUGUGAAACAAACCUAUAUGCAAAGCUCACUGUAAGUAUCAUUAUGAAGUGCACAAAGCCCACAUGAGCAGAAGUUGAACUUUAGGUCAACCUCUGUACUUCUGUGCUUUCCUCUUUCUGUGUGAAGCAAGGAACGCAAGAACACUUGCCUUAGGUGGAAUGCAAUGGUGUGACUUCUUAUUCACUAACUGCUUGAAAAUGGGAGGUUCCUUUCUUCUUUCACGUCAUGACUUUUUGUUUGAGUAGAAGUCAGGCUUCAUUUCCAGCCAGCACGGGGAUGGAUGGGCAGAAGGGGUUUUCUCCAACGUGGUGCCUAUUUGCAGUGUCACAGAACUCCUUACCUCUCUUUCCAUGUGGGCAGACAGACCAGAGCUGGGCCUGAGCUGUUGGCAGCAAAUCUUUUGCUUCAGCAACUCAAGUGCCCCAGAUCUGGGUAAGAAUUAAAUCACUUCCACUGUCUUCUGCUUUAAGUGAGAGAAGUACUGUAAAACACCAUCCCCUUCCUUUCUACCACGUGUAGGUGUGGGAGGACAAAAGCUCCACUGAUGACUAUUAGCAAAGUUUACUUUUUAGAGCCUUUUGUUUAAGGACUCUACGUUAUGAGAGCCAACUUAAUCCUUUGUGUAACUACAUGGCAGUUACCUUAGGAAAAGCAUGUGGCCUCAGCAUCUUUUACAUUUAGUUAGAAGUGUGCUCAAAGGGGAUUACUGGAUGUACAGGUGGGCAAUGUACAAGUCUGAACUUGAAUUUUAGGCAGUAUUGGAAUUUUGUUGCUGUAAUUUCCACUCUUGCACUUACUGGUUCUGUGAACCAUGACAAGAAAUUAAACUUGUUAACCUCCUUGCA